AUGGCACCGGCCAGAAAUGCGCGCACUUCUAAGGCUAGGGAACUUAAGCGCACAAAGCCUAGAACCUCUAAGCCUAACAAACCUGAGCGCAAUGAGCUCGUAAUCAUCAGCAUUCCAUCAGACAAUGAUGAUUCAUCCGACAAUGACGGUUCAUCACAGAGCGACUCAGACGAUGAUGGCUCCCUGCCGCUGACUAACCCCUUAGCCCGAGAUGCAACUGAGACUGUGUACUCGGAAGAUUCGAACGGAGCUGCCGAUGCCGGCGGACGGCUGGGAGCGGUUCAACCCGAAGCUGACAACAUGAACGAUACUAGAGCGCAUGGGCGCGCCGGCGGUGGUCAGGGAGCUAAGGGUGGCGAGAAUGCUGGUGCCAGCGAAAGUGGCCGUAUCGGCGGCAACGACCGACCACAGGCGGGAAAUGGUGGCCAUUCCGUUCCUUCGCGACGUGGAACAACGCACCAGAGGCGGCCCGAUGAGAUACUCAACUCGGAGCAAAAGUCGGAUAAUGCCAGCACUGACGCUACUCGACCCAACAAAGUCAGUACUCUACAGAGAGUUAGGUUAACUGCACGAACGGCUACAACGGCACUCACGAACGGAAAUCGGACAGCGAUGGGUGGCGACGCGACAACUCAAUCUCAACGGCACAACACAAUCUAUCCAUUCAACCAGGAUGCAAGGCGUGAUAGCCAGGCAUUCGAAACUGCAGUUGGACGCUUAAGUACGGAAGCAGAGCAGAGGACGGAUAGCCGAAAGCGUCGCGUUGAUGUGGCCUUCUCCGAAAGUCGAAGCAACCACACAGAGCACGACAGUCCUAGUCUGCGUUCUACGACCGGCGCAAGUGGACCUCACAAGAGGUAUCGGAAUGAGACCGACGAGACAUCUAAGGCGACAAAAGAAAUGGAAGUGCCAACGAACGAAGGAAGCACUGCUGCGACAACAUCGUCUCGAUUUCUGUUAUCGAACGCAAACAUCCGAAUGAUAACUCCAGAGAGAGAUGGGUCUAUGACGGUUGAAAUUGAUGGCCACUGGAGUAUUAGCCUGAUUGAUAUGCCAGUACCAUGCCGAAGGAAUGGUGAUCCAUCUACAAUAUGGGUUUUGUCGGUUCGCCAGUUACAUGGAGACGUUACUUAUUCAUGUGAGGGGUUUCUGGGUAUACAUGCUCGAGCUCCGCAGGCAGUCGUCGAGAUACCUUAG